GUCGAAUAGCACCAUGUGAUCAAAAAUAUUAUAUUAUUUUAGUCAUGUUUAUUUUCGCACGUACCUGUAAUCACAAAAUUUUCAAAAUUUUUGCAUUGAGAAAAUCCGGAUGAUAAAAAUUAUAAAAAAUAUUAUGUAAUUGGCAAGGUUAAAUUUUAAGUUGAAAUAUAAUGGAUAGGAGAAGAUACCGAUUUCUGGAUGAAAAUUUCGGAACAAAUGAAAACGACCUGAGACUGUUGUGGGAAGCUGUUCACAAAAGUAGAAUGGAGACUUCUUAUCAAAGCGCCUAUUGUGUGAAAAGUAUCACAACAAACAAGAUAACUCCGAGGUCUUUAAAAGAGAAAAUAAAAGAGAAUACAAAGGAUAAGGAGGAAAAAGUAAAUGAAUAAAGUCGUAAAUUUAAAGAAUAUAUUUAUUUAUUUUUCAUUAAUAGUAUGAAUCUCGAAAAGGCCCCAAGAUAUUUUCGAUUCUAGCACAAAUAAAUUAAUAUGAUAAAG